UUUCAUAAGAAAAAUUUAUACACAGAUUAGUAAUCCACUUAUUAGAAUUCAUGAAUGAUUAGAAAACUCCAAAAGUGUCAUUAAUUACCAAAUCAUUCUCAAUAUUGAUUCAUCAACGACUUUGUAUUUCAUUAGGAAUUGAGAAUUUCACCACAAAACGUGCUUGAGUUUAGUUUUUAAAUUAUUGAAAUAAGAAGCACAUGUGAAUGAAUAUUAAUUGGAAUCAUCAAAAAAAGAAAAUUUCAUUGCCUCAUUUGAUGAGCGACAUUAUGGUAAAGUUGCUAUUCCUCUCAUUUUUUCUUCAGUGCUCAGAGCUCUUUCUUCAUUUUUUAAUGCACACCAGUUCAAUAUGAAACACGGCGAGGAAACAAAUUCAGUUUUUGUUCAGCGCUUGAUCGGUUAAGACAGAAAAAAAGAAGGCAAAAUCUAAGGAAUCAAAAAGAGAGUGAAAUUCAGACUCAUCAAUAACUAUUUUUUUAAAAUAAAAUAAAAAAAUUGUGAGUGUGUGCAGAAGUUUAAAAUAUUAAAGGAAUUAAGAAACAAAAGUUCAAAUUAAUAAGACGAAUAUUUCAAUUCAUGAGCAAAGUGCAUUAAUGUAAACAACAAUGCAACUCAUAUCCAACAGCCUUGGAAUUUUCGUGCUUUUCAUAAGCUCGUUUAUCGAUGUUUCCAUUUCUGAGCCGAGAGUUGUCUGUUAUUACACAAAUUGGUCUGUUUAUAGGCCGGGUACUGCCAAAUUCAAUCCUCAAAACAUAAAUCCAUACUUAUGUACUCAUUUGAUAUAUUCCUUUGGUGGAUUUACCAAAGAUAACCAAUUGAAGCCUUUUGAUAAAUAUCAAGACAUUGAGCAAGGUGGUUAUGCAAAAUUUACAGGUCUCAAAACAUAUAACAAGGAACUAAAAACAAUGCUUGCUAUCGGAGGGUGGAAUGAAGGAAGCACUAGAUUUUCUCCGCUCGUAGCCAGUACUGAUCGUCGUUCACAGUUAGUAAAGAAUACUAUCAAGUUUCUUCGUCAAAACAAGUUUGAUGGAUUGGAUUUGGAUUGGGAAUAUCCUGCUUUCAGAGAUGGCGGUAAAGCAAAAGAUCGUGAAAAUUAUGCAAAACUUGUUCAAGAAUUGCGUGAAGAAUUUGAUAGAGAACAUCAAAAAACAGGAAGACCUAGGCUUUUGCUUACAAUGGCAGUUCCUGCUGGAUUUGAAUAUAUUGAUAAGGGAUAUGACGUUCCAAAAUUAAACAAGUAUUUGGAUUGGUUUAAUUUAUUAUCUUACGAUUAUCACUCAGCAUAUGAACCCUCUGUUAACCAUCAUGCACCAUUAUAUCCAAUCGAAGAAGAAAAUGAAUACAGCUUCGAUACCGAUCUAAACAUUAAUGCUACAAUUCAUUACUAUCUUAAAAAUGGAGCCGAUCGUGACAAACUUGUUCUUGGAAUCCCAACUUAUGGACGAUCUUAUACAUUAUUCAACCCUGAAUCAAAUGAAAUUGGUUCUCCCGCUGAUGGACCAGGUGAACAAGGUGAUGCUACACGAGAAAAAGGCUAUCUAGCAUAUUAUGAGAUUUGUCAAAGUAUUAAUGAAGAAGAUUCGGAAUGGACAGUAGUUCAACCUAAUCCUGACGCAUUAGGUCCCUAUGCAUACAAUGAGAAUCAAUGGGUUGGUUAUGAUGAUGAAGCUAUUGUAAGAAAAAAGUCUGAAUUUGUUGUUGAGCUUAAACUUGGUGGAAUUAUGUUUUGGUCAAUUGAUAACGAUGAUUUCCGAGGGUUGUGUAAUGGAAAGCCUUAUCCACUCAUUGAAGCUGCAAAAGAAGCAUAUUUAGAUGGACUAGAAAAUGGAGUACAUAAGAAAUCGCAAUUUGACUCAAGUAAAAGAAAACAACAAACCACCACUCGAAAACCUGAUACGAAGAAAAACUCAUUUGCUAAAAGUACAACACCUCCACCUCCAACUACUCCGAGCUCUGGAAGUGAUUUUAAAUGUGAAGAUGAAGGUUUCUACUCUCACCCUUCAGAUUGUACAAAAUACUUUUGGUGUUUGGAAGCUCCAGGUCUUGGAAUUGUUGCUCACCAUUUUUCAUGCCCCUCCGGCUUAGUUUUCAAUAAAGGAGCUGAUUCUUGCGAUUAUGCUCGCAAUGUGCAUUGUGAGAAAAAAACGCCAAAAACAACUACAACAUCUUCAACAACCAAGCCAACAACAACGUCAACAACGGAGAAAAUUUCAUAUAAUAGAUUAAGUACAGUUUAUAAAAAUCCAAGUAGAACUACUCCAAGAACCACAACAACAUCAGAACCACGAAUUGAAAUAGAGUCAUCUGACCUUGAACAGGAAGAUCCAAAGGUUAUUAAAGAGUUGAUAGAACUUAUUAAGAAGGCAGGUGGUAUAGAGGAAUUAGAAAAGCAAAUCAAUAAUCAAGAAGAGACUUUUAAUGGAAAAGUUGAUUCUAAAGUAACCACACCUACAUCAGCAACGACUAUUAAUAAGUCACUUGUUGAUAAGAUCAGAAAUCGUGCUUCACUUUUCAAACCUCGUCCACCAUUAUUUAAUGGAGCUUCUCAACCAGAACGUCCAACCGAACAAAAGACAUCUACAGAAAAAACAUCAAAAAAUGAUGAAAAGGAACAGUAUACUCCAAAAAAAUAUAAUGCUAUUAACAGAUUUAGUAGACCAGAGCCUCAAAGUGCAGAAAUUGAAAAAAAUCCAGAAUCAGAUGCUGUUUUAAUUGAAAAACCACAAUAUACAUCAAUUUUAAGACGAAAACCAGCUAAACCAGAUGUGAUAGUUGAAAACGAUUAUAAUAAUGAUUCGGAUAGAACUUCAGAGGAAGUCUCAAAAACAGUAUCAAAUGAGUCAGAAAUAACUAAAAAGUACACAAGCAUUAGUCGACCAAGAAGGCCACAAGAACAAUUUAUUGAAGAAUCAGACAAUGAUGAUGAAGAAGAUGACGACGACGAAGCAAAUGUUGAAACAACUGUAAGAACCACAGCUUCUACUUUCAGAUCAACAAAUAAAUAUGUAAAUUUAAGUAGAAGAAGAUCGACAACACCAGCUCUGGAAGAAAAAACUGACUUAUCGGUAGAAACAACAACUUCAACACUUGGAUUGAGGACAUCACAGCCAUUACGAAGGAGAACUACUACAGUAGAAUCGAAGCCAACAGAAAAAACGGUAUUAAAAAUUGAUACUAACAGUGAAAUUCAAAUACCAAGAAAUACCCUUGAUAUCACAUUAUUCAAAAACACUGCCACAGAUAUUGAGAGGGAUACAUUAAUUGCUAAUAAACACUUACAUGAAGAUGAUGAUAUUAAUCAUAUAGCUCUCCCUACUGAAUCAAUAACAGAAAACAUAUCACCUCCAGACAGCGUUACCACUACACAAUUAUUUAAUACUUUUUCCCCACAAUUUAAUGCAAAUGAAGAUAAGGUAAACGAUAUACUUAAUGAUGUUGUUGUUGAUGGUACUACAGAAAUUUCUGAUUUAGAUUUUACUACAAUUAGCAAUGAAAAUAUUGUUGAUAAUAAUGAUAAUGGCUUAUCUGAGCAAAAUAAUGACCGUUUUAUUAACAGAAAUGAUAAUACAGUUCCAAGACCUUUUACACGUUCAAAAUUAUUCCAAAAAACUACUCCUCCUCCUAUAUUCUCUAGAAAUUCAAUUUCUCGUUCUAAUAACAAUAAUCUAAGUGAUAAUAUCAAUGAUGAACAAACAACAAAAAUUGUUCGCCGUCGACCAACAGUAGCUCGUACGUCUACAAGUACACAAGCUAAUGACGAGGAUGUCAUAUCAAAACCUCGCCCAACAUAUUCUUAUAGACCAGGAUAUCGAGGUACUGCUCGUUUUAGGGUUUCCACUACUCGUUCUGGAGAGUAUGUUCAAGAUGCAUUGGAAAGUAAAGUUCAACUUGUAGAUGAUAACCGAUUAAGGUCCCUUAAUAUUGAUAGAGUAAAUAAGAGACCUCCAAUAUCUCCAACGACAACAACUGAACGAAUUGUAGACGAAGAAAGAACUACACGUCGUCGACCUGCAGUAACCAGAAGCCGUAUUACAUCUACAACAUUUGCAGAAGAAAAUGAGGAAACUUCAACUGAGUCAAGAAUAGUUGAAGCUAAAAAUCGAUUUAGUUUAGAUUCCAACGAUCGACCUGAUCGAAUUAGAUUUGAGCUGUCUGCAGGAGGAAAAAUUAAUUUUCCAGAAAUUGCUCACAAAAAGGCACAAAUAAUUGAAAGUAAUUCAAAAGUAAAAGUUAUAACAGGUCCAUUGAAUAAAUCGCCAAUUGAAUUUUCAGGUCGAGAUCUGAAAAAAGGACACGUAGAAGAAAUUCCAAUUCAAACAUCUCCAGAGACUGUUACAAUUCAGAAUUUUUCAGACAAAUUAGAUCUCAAUGAAAUACCUUUGAAUAAAUCUGAUAUUGAAAGUUUUGUAUCAGACUCAGAUUUAAGGACGGAAAGUUCAAUUGUUGAAGAAACAACUUUCUACAAAAAGAGACAGCGUCCAAUUAAAAUUGGAGUUAAAAAACCAACUGUAGGAGAUUCAAGCACUGCUAAAAUUAUUGAAGAAACAGAGUCAACAACUAGAAAACCGUAUUUUAAUGGUAACAGAUUGUCGUUAAAAAUCAGAAGUAGACCAACAUUAUCGGAAACAUCAACAGAAGAAAUUGCAGAAUCAGGAUUCCAAAGAAAAUCUCAAUAUUCUGUAAAUCUGCAAAGAAACCGAUUCUUAACUAGAACUACCCAACGAAAAGAAAUUGAUUCUAGCACAGCUAGAUAUUUAACAAAGAUAAAAGUAAGUGAUCUACCAUUAAGAAAUAAUUUAAAUAUAGAGGAUAGUGAAAAUUCGGAAACACAAGAUGCACCCGAGGAAAGCACUUUAAGAUCAUUUAUAGAAUCACAACUGGAAGAUACCACAAUUGAUUUAGAUGUUUUAGAUAUGAUGACUGAAAAAUCGCUGAAGAAUGAAUAUGAAAAUGAUAUAUCAACUUUACAAAACGUAGAUUAUGACGUAACAGAAAAUUCUGCACCAGAAACAACAUUGCGCACAGUACCAGUAAGAAAAUUAACCAUUCGCAAACGACCUGCAAAAAAGAUUGAUUUUUUGGCUCAUCGACAAACGAUAACAGAAUCAGCUAAGGAUCUUCGAACCACUCCAGAAAUUGAAAACACUUCAAGUUUAAGUAUAACAACUGAAAAUAAUAAGUAUGAAACAGAAAUCGAGACUUUAAGUGAAAGGGAGACUACAAGCGAAAAGGAAUCUUUUGAAACGACUUCUAAUAAGCCAACACGUAGACUUCUACUUACUAGAAAGCGUAUAAAUGAAAAUCGCAUUUCAACUCAAGAAACAAACGAACAAGAACAGCAAGAGCAAAGUAAAAUUUUUGAAAAACAAAGCACGACACCUAAAACAACUAGAAAACGUAUUUUAACAAUUAAAACAAAAACUGGUGUAAUUCAAUCUCCUGUUGACAUUGGAAUCUUUGAAACAACGCAACCUACAACGGAAACUCUAAUAGAAGAAAAACAAAAAAUUGAUGAUGUGGAUGUCAUUCAUAAAAGAAUAAAAGUAUAUCGUUCACGAACAACUACAGAAACUGUAACAAAAGAAAGUAGUUCACCCAAACCGAUUGUCACUCGAACGAGAGUAUUUAAACGACCAGUUACUAAACAAACGGAAACACCAGAAAUAAUUAUUGGCGUAGAUGAUGAAAUAUCUUCAGUUAAUAAACCCCGUUAUUCACAAGGAAGGAAAGUCAUCAAAGUCACACGAAGACCAAUAAAAGAAGGAUCUACAACAGAAGAAGAGAAAGAAGAAAAUCAACAAGAGGAAAAAUUGAUUGAAAGUUCAACAAUUGCAAAUCAAAAAGCGUUGAUCCGAAAAGUUUUGAGAACAAAGACGCCGAGAGUAAUUGUUGAUAAGCCCAUUGAGGAUGAUCAAGUAGUAAUUAAAACGGAUGAAGAAAUUCAACAAAUUGAUCAACAUGAAGUUAAACUUGAAGAAAGCAUUCCAAUUGAAAAUCAAUCAGUAUCACCAGAAGAACCAUCAAAUCCAAUAAUUAAAUAUCCUACUCGUCCCGCUGGAAGAGUCAAUGUAACGAUUAGAAAAAGACCAUCAUUUAAUCAAGGAUCACGAACAACUACAAUUCAUCCAGCUUCUACGAGGUUUACUAAGGACGGAGAACCUAAUGUUUCACCAACGCGUUCAAAAAUAGGAGGCAAGAAAAUAUAUAGACCAGGCUCUAGAAUUUCAGAAUCAGUAGUUGAAGAAAAUGAUCCAGAAGUUAAGCCUUCAUUUGGAAAGGGAACCAAAAAGUUUUUCACAAAAUCUUAUCGAAAAACAUCAACAACUACAACAAUAUCACCAAACAUUACACCACAUAAUAUUGACAUAGAAACUGAAACAAAUGACUAUGAUGGUGUUAAUGACACAACUGAUAUUCCCGAAAUUAACAAUAAUAAUGAUAUUUUACAGAAUGGCAAACCACGUUUCACCUUAAGUCGAUUUACCACAUCAACUACUUCCAAACCUACUACACUACAUCAUGUUUUUGCAAUUGAUAUCGAGGAGGAUGACAUGACAAAAUUAAAAAACGCGAAUCUUCCUGAAAAUCAAGCGGAUGAAGUCAUUAAAAAGUUACAAAAAUUGAUUGAAAUUAACAGAAUAGUAGAAGUUUAUUCGAAGGAAGAAAAAUUAAAACUUUUGAAAAAUAAAAAACUUAAAAGCAUAAAAGCUGGAGAAUUAACGUUAGAACGUCCACCAGCUUUGGAUAGGUUUGGUGAAAUUACUCGGCAAGUUAUUAUUAAAUUAUCAGUGAAACCAAACAACACUGCAUCCCAUAAUGUCACAACAGAAAAUCCAAAUGAUAACAGAUCACCAAAGAAUAUAAUGUUUUCGGAAACAGUUUUUGGAAGGGCAGAAACAUCAACUAUUAGUUUGGAAGGAUUAUUUGAUCGAGAGAAAAAGGAACUAGAACUGAUUAAAGAAGAGAUAUCAACAGAACCUUAUAAAAAUUUAAUCGAUAUAGCAGAACUAGAACAAGCUAUUCGUAAUGAACUUCAGCAACGAAUCAACAAAAGUAAUGAAGAAACUACAACAGAAUCUUUAGAAACAACGACAUUAGUUAAUGAUGACUGAAUACCAAAUAAUUAAAUUGUGCGAAGUAAAAAAUUCAACAAAAAAAAAAUAUAAUAUUCUAAGUAAUUUAAAAAAAAUCAAGAAAAGCCGGAUUAGUGCAUUUCUGUUGGUGCUUAUCAGUUAUGGAAAAUAAUUUUCCUCAAGGACCAAUUCAUAUUUUAAGAUUUCCCCUUUCACCACUUGCUGCUUAUUCUUAAUAUUCUUACUUUUCAUACUGAAACUUUCCUUUUGUCUUUAAGAGUAUUAUUCACAGUGAGAUUAUAAAGAUUUAAAAAUAAGAAAUCAAAAUCCUCAAUAUCCACGAAACCCAUUUUAAUUAACUUUUAUAGGCCGUUCCAUAGAGAUAUACAUAUAAUUUUUGAAAUCGACAUAGGUCAAGUUUUACUGAGAUAAUGCCAUAAAUAAGUAUUAAGUAUAAGAUUUUAUGCUGUAUAUAUAAAUGUAUAUGAAAUUAAUCAGAAAUUAGAUAAAAGUGUAAUUAAUACGAAUGUAAUUACUACACUCCGUGAACCUCUUUUGCCUUGUAAAUAAGAUUAAAUUCUUCUUUAUUCUAUUACUAACUUAACAUUUGUGUUGAUUGUUGUUUUUUAAAAAACAAAAUUAAGAUAUCAACAAGUCAUAUAUGCCAUAAAUUUUAAGAAAUUUAAAUUAAUUCAAAAUCGAGAUUAAAGUAAUUUUUAAUGACUAAUCGUCCUCUUUUUUAGCUUUUCUGCAUGUAUAAAGCUUAUCAUAAAUAAUAGAGUAUCUGCUACAAAACUUAAUUUUGAUAGGGAACAUGUAAUAACAAUAUAUUAAAUGUUAUUACAAAAAUGCUUUAUGAAUUGUAGAAAGAACACAUUUUUAUGGUAAAAGGUACAAAAUAAAGUUGUUAAUACACAUGCCUCCACUUCAAAACUAUUUUUUCGCUUCUAUUAUUAUGUUUGUUCUACAUCCUCAAAGCACUAUUUUCUCCUAUAUUAUAAUGUAUAAACGCAAAUCAUUGAUAAAAUUUUCAGAUUUUUUUUUUCUAAUAACAUUUGCUUUAUUUUGUAUGCAUGUUUUCGUUUUAUUGUUCGCACAUUAUGUUAUAAACAAAUUUUACUUGCACUGAGUAGAUAUUGCACACACUGUUUGAUUGUAAAUAUAUUAAAGGAUAUCGUGCUUUUUUAUUGUGGGAGUGUUGUUAAGUUGAAAAAAAAAGGAAAUUAAUUAAAAUAAUUAAAAAUGUAGGAAAUUCAAACAAACAAAUUCCAGUCAAGCAAAAGAAAUCAGUUGAGAUCUCCGGCGAGAAACCGCACAUCUUUAAUUUCAAAAAAAUUUACAAGAAUUUCAACAGAAGUGACAACACCAAUUUCUACAACAUUAUUAAAAACAUCAACAACUACAUUAAGGCCUCGUACUACAAGAGUGGUGAGAAAAAGAGUGUCAUCUAUCAAUAGACGAGUUUUAACAACAGCAGAGUAUGUUCCUACAACUUUAGCUCCAUUUACGACAGAAUUAACGACAACUUUAACAACAACAAAUCCAGUAAUAAUAAAAUACUCCAUUAAUGAUGAGUUUGAUGAAGAAAUUGCAAGUAUCCUACCAGCUUUAACUUCUGUUAGACCUAGAAAACCUUCUUCAAACAAUACAUUAAAUAUUGAUCAUCAGAGUGAUUCACUCGCAAUCAAUCAUAUUGAAGGAACGUCUAAUAAUGAAAAUACAUCAAACUCAUUUGACAAAAUACUUGAACAUCAGUAUAAAAUCAAAGGACUUGAUAAAGAUUAUGAAGACGAAAAAAUUGAUGAGGAUGAGAAGUUAAUUGGUGUUUUAGGAUCUCAAGUUAAAGUAAUUUUACAUUCUGUAAGUUCUGAUAUGGAAAAGACGAAAAUUGAAUGCCUCGAAUUAGGAAACUAUCCACAUCCAUUAUCAUGUGAUAUGUAUAUAUCUUGUGCUAAAGUUCGAGGAUUUCUAGAAGGAUUUAUUUUCUCAUGUGGCGAUGGAAUGUCAUUUGACCCCAUAAGUAGUGUGUGUGAUUGGAGUAUAAAAAUAGGAUGCACACGAAAUAAUGUUAAGCUUUUAACAAGCUAAAUAAAUCUUGUUAUAUUUUGUUUUUUAUAUUAUUUUAAUGAGGCUUCUAUUUCUAGAAGUUCAAUCGAAGCCAUGUAUUCAUUAAACUGAACUUUGUAAAUAAAUUAAAAAGUUGAA